AUGUCUGCAAAUGAAUUACCAUCUUCAGCUCAAGAACAAAUCCUAGCCAGUUUUGUCUCAAGAAAGCUUCUUCUGCACAACCCUUUUGACCACAACAAUCCACAAGCCUUUGCGGUUUCACCAUCUCCUCCCAUCAAUCAUGAGAACAACCUCAGCGGAAACGUCCUGAUGCUUCUCUCAAUCCUCAUCUGUGGAAUCAUCUGCUGCCUCGGAUUACAUUACAUCAUUCGUUGCGCGUUCAGACGUACUUCAAGUUUCAUGAUCUCUGAGCCUAUCUCUAGUCUUUCCACACCAAACGGUCCAUCAAACAAAGGAAUCAAGAAGAAAGCUCUUAGGAUGUUCCCUGUCGUGAGUUACUCACCUGAGACAAACUUGCCGGGGCUUGGUGAAGAGUGUGUCAUUUGUCUGUCGGAUUUUGUUUCCGGUGAACAAAUCAGGCUGCUCCCUAAGUGUAACCACGGUUUCCAUGUUCGUUGCAUUGACAAGUGGCUCCAACAACAUUUGACUUGUCCAAAAUGCAGAAACUGUCUGGUUGAGACAUGCCAAAAGAUCUUAGGUGAUCAAGUGAUAGCAACACCAGCGACCGUACCAACAGAGAGCAUAAUUGUCAUGAUUUCUCCUCUAGAGCCUGAAGGAAGAGCAAACACUUUUAGAUAA